AUGAUGAGUUUAAGCCAUUCUAUCGUCCCCGCGUCGGCGUUGCCGGCUGCGGUGUUGCCAGGCGACACGAAGAACGAGGAGGUGUAUCACCAUUUCCAGCUGACUCAGAAUUCCGUGAGUGUGACAGGAUCGACUAAGCACUUGGUGUUUGUCGUCGAUGUGUCCGCUUCGAUGGAUACGGCUGUGGCUGCAGUCGCUGAGAGCGGAAAAAGCGAGUAUCAUGGGUUCUCAAUCCUGGAUUUGGUGAAGCAUUCCUUGUUGACUAUCACGAGCUCCCUCGAUUCUACGCAGGGCUAUGAGGUGUCGUUGGUCACGUUUUCGCGUCAGUCGGCUACGGUCUUUACUCGUUUGCGCAUGCAUGUUCCUGAAGAAAAGGCGAGGGCGGAACGUUUGAUCUUGGCGCUUGAGUCGGACGCCACUACAAAUCUGUGGGCCGGUCUGCAAAGGGCCAUGGAUCUCGUACGCGUUACGGCUUUGAAUCCGUUCAACGACCGUAACAACACCCGUGAUGGCGAUGAAACCGGCGACCAGGACAGCGUUGCGGCAACCACGGCACCAGUUAGCGAUGCAGGUGAGAGUGGAGAACCAGAAUCCUCUGCUCCUUUUCUUGCUGGUGGCGAACAACUCUCUGCGACUUAUCUCCUGGAAACGGAAGUCCUUCUUUUUACCGAUGGUUUGCCGAACGUGAACCCUCCGAAGGGUCAUGUGAACACCAUGCUGAAGUAUCAGACGGAGAAGAAGAUUCCUUCCUUCACACUACGAACCUUCGGUUUCGGCUACUCCCUGGACUCCAAACUGCUCGAAGAGCUGGCAACCGCAGGUGGUGGCAGUUUCUCUUUCAUUCCGGAUGGCAGCUUUGUCGGCACUGUGUUCAUCCAUGCUUUGGCGAGUAUUCGCAGUGUCGUCCCUGGAUGCCCGGGAAGCUUUCUGCGUGUCAAGGUCGAAAUGAUGGACGAGGAUGCCGAUCAUGGUGGCAACAGCGAUUCAUCAGCGGUGCAAAUCCAAGUUGUGGGCCACCGUGACAAUGCUUUGCUGAGCAACAGUGGAAACACUUCUUCUUAUCGAAACACUGAUGGAAAACGGGUUUUGACGAAGAGCAUUCCAGUUGGAGCUACCCUGGAGUGCGGUCAACCGCGCGAUUUCAUUGUGCGCGUGCUUUCCACUCAGAUGAAGCAAGAAGGCGGGGCGCCUGUGCCAGCGAAUGCUAUGCAGGUUACGGCUGAAUACGUGCGUCCGAACCUGUCGCUAGAUCUAGGAGGAGAAUCCGCGACGAUUGUUUUGUCCAUUUUACCGCAAGACCAAGAGCAGAAUGAUGACGCUACGAAGAAGAUGAAGGUGGUCUCCUUGCUCGGACAGCUGUUGCGUUUGGAGACUGUUUCGCUCUUGCAUAAGAUCGUCAGUCGUGGUUUGCCGCCUUUUGCUGAAGAGGGUAAAGGCUUCAAUCCAUACACCAGAUCCCCAUCCGCGUCCUCAUCUGUGGGAAAGGACGAGUUGGCCGAAUCCCUCAAGGCGGUGGCGGACUUCGCAGAAAAAUGGAUUGCGUACCUGGAAAAAGCGAAAUCCGAAGAAGAACACCAGGAACAAAUAAGCAAAGCAGAUGAACUAGAUCAUGAUCAGGAACGUCUACUUCAAGACACAACAGGAACAACAGCGUCGUCCUCUUCAUCGUCGUCGGCGUCGUCGUUGGUAACGGCCAUGCUGCGACCGUUGUUGGAUGACUUGACUGGACAAGUGACCGAAGCCGUGUCUCGUCAAGAUUGGUACGAGAAGUGGGGCGCUUUUUACCUUCGCAGUCUUCGUUUUGCCCAUCUGCUGCAACGGCGCAACAACUUCAAGGAUCCUGGCGUGCAAAUCUACGGGUCUAAAUCUGAGUUCUUCGAGAACGAGGCUGAACGCAUCGCGGAUCUUUUUAUGAGUUUGGCUCCUCCGAAGCCGUCUCGUCGGGGCUACAUCAGAAGUGGUGGAGGAGGAGGCUCUUCCGCAGCAGGUGCACGGGUCUCGAUGCGCGCUUACAAUAACUCUCACGGUCCUUGCUUCACGGGGGAUGCCCUGGUCCAUAUGGCGGACGGGUCUUUGCUGCGCUGUGAUCAGAUCGUGAAGAACAACGUGAUCUUGUCGGCCCGUACCCACGUACUGAUGCGCGUAAAGUGCGUAAUCAAAACGGUCGGACCGGAUAUGCGUGUUGUACGUUUGACCAAAGCCGCAAUUCAAAAAAGCAUCCAUGCCACGUCGAUGAAUAUUACCUUGGUGGAGGACGAGCAGAACAACUACUGCAACGCGAAUGAUUGUCAAGUACAAAAAGAAGAAGAGACCUCGUCGUCCAAUCCCCCGUACAACACUGCGAAUGACUACGACACUCUCGGUGUGACGCCUUACCAUCCACUGCAGACCGCUAACAAUGGGUGGGUUUUUCCAGCUGAGAUUGCUGUGCAACAUCCAGAAGAUUCGAAGCUCGAAGUUGCUGAUGCUGUUUACAAUUUUCUGCUGGAGCCGGUCCGCAGUGUCGGUUCUCUUCAUGACAAGGGUGAAGAUCAUGAUUUGCAAGUAGACGUCUUGUUGUCUUCGACUUCUACUGCGGCGGACGAGACGUCGCAAGGAGUUGCAGAGGAGGAGCAUCAGGACUAUAGUCGAGAUUUCCGCGAGGAUCAUACUAUCGUGGUGAAUGGUGUGAGCACGUGCACGCUGGGUCACGGAAUCACUUCGGACGCCGUCCUCUCGCACCCUUACUUCGGAAACUACAAGAGGGUCAAAGCUGAUUUGGCGGCUAUGACAGGCUUUUCCGACAAAGGCCUCGUUGUGCUUGAUUCGGAGACGUGCUGCGUUAAGGACGCAAAGACGGGACUAGUCUGCAAAUUGAUUGGAAAGUAA